AUGAACUCAGGCAGUCCAAACUGUUCGGUUAAAGACUGGGUGAAGCCGAGAGUCGAGGCUCCAAGUCCACACCCCAUUGUAAAAAUCCUUGUGAAGUCCAAGGUAGAUGAGAGGAAAGAAACAGUUCCUGUAUUGUCUCUCACACUAGAACAGGAGCCUGAUGAUUAUACCAUUCCAUCAACCAAGAUAUGGCACAUAGUUGGGACACUUUGUGCAGGACUGCUAAUCUGUGCUUUCACGGCUAUUUUGCUCUAUAACAGAAUUAGAGCAAUUCGUAAAGAUCCAUCUUCCUCUUCUCAUAACACCACGAACAAGGGCAAUCUGGAAAUCGUUCCAGUGCAAGAGUGCAGUAAAGUCCUGAUCAUCUACUCUCAGGACCACCCCAUGUACACAGAGAUCGUCCUGAAGCUGUGUGCUUUCCUCAGGGCCAAAUGUGGAACUGACGUCACACUCGAUCUGCUGGACUCUACAUGCCUCAGCACUAUAGGCAGCAUCCAGUGGCUGGACAUGCAGAGGAAGAGACUCGCCAGUACCUCUGAUAAAAUACUCAUCCUGUGUUCUCCAGGGGUGUGUGCCAAGUGGAAUGCCAUGUGCGGAGGGUACAGGGUGAUGACCAGGGAGGACGUCCGCUCACCCUUGGGGGAUAUGCUGACCCCGGCUCUCAGCCUCAUCAUACCGGAAUUUGUGCGUGCUCCAUCUUUUGGGAAGUAUGCUGUAGCUUAUUUCGAUGAUGUGUGCAGUGAAAAGGAUGUACCUGCUGUGUUUCAUGUGACCGUACAGUACCAGCUGAUGAGGCAAUUUGAAGAGCUCUUCUUCAGACUCCUGAACAAGGAGAAGUAUGAACCUGGAAGGAUUAAACACAUUGAUGGCCUUGGAGGAGAUGACUACCACAGUUGUCCAUCUGGCAGAGCCUUAAGAGAAGCCAUUAAGGCAUUUCAGGCAUACCAACUAACCUACCCAAACUGGUUUGAAAUGGAGCUUGUAGACGUACAUAAGGAAGUUGAGGAGAAUAACCUUGAGCAGGAGGACGUUACAGAAAGCAACUGUUAUUGCCUUCAGAAUGAACUGCAGAUCGAGGAACUCUCAGCUCCUGUAUUCACUAACAUUGCCAAAGGUCAAAUUCUUGAAGCAAAGCAGCUUUUAAUAUCUGAAACUACAGCCAUCUUGAGUAGUCAGAUCAAUCACAUAUAAAAGAAAGAGAAACGAAGAACAGAUAAAACAUCAGUGUUGUGCCAGCCUUCUGCAUUAACAGGAUAUGAAUCACUCUAUGAACACAGUAAAGGUUCUAGAUAGAUAGAUGGAUAGAUGUACUUACUUUAUUGAUCCCAAUAAAAUGUAUUGUCUUACACUCACCAUCCACUUUAACAGGAACACCUGUACACCUGCUCAUUCAUACAGUUAUCUAAUCAGGCAAUCAUGUGGUAGCAGCACAAUGCAUAAAGUCAUGCAGAUACAGGUCAAGAGCUUCACUUAACGUUCACAUCAAACAUUGGAUGGGAGGUUUGAGUAUUUCAGAAACAGCUGAUCUCCAGGGAUUUUCACACAUAACAGUCUCUAGAGUUUACACAGAAUGGUACGAGAAACAAAAAAACAUUGAGUGAGUGAUAAUUCUGUGUGUGAGUCUGUGCCCAUGAUUCUUGUUCUUGGCUGACAGGAGUGGAACCUGAUGUGGUCUUCUGCUGUUAUAGCCCACCCACCACAAAGUUUGAUGUUUUGUGCCUGCUGGGAUGCUUUUCUGCUCACCACGGUAGCAAAGAGUGAUUAUUUGAUUUACUAAAGACUUCCUGGAAGCUUAAACCAAUCCAGACAUUUUCCUCUGACCUCUCUUAUCAAUAAGGCAUUUCUACCCAUAGAACUGUCACUUGCUCAGUGUUUGUUUGAUUUUCUGUAGAGUAAACUCUAGAGACUGUUGUGUGUGAAAAUCCCAUGUGAUCAGCAGUUUCGGAAAUACUGAAACCAGCCCAUCUGACACCAUUAACCAUGCCACUUUUAAGGUCACAGAGAUAACGUUUUUGCAUUGUGCUGCUGCCACAUAAUUGGCGAAUGGAUAACUGCAUAAAUGAAUAUAAAUGUUACUAAUAAAGUGGACAGUGAGUGUAUAAUAUACACUGUAUAUGAAAGAUUCUAGAGCAAUGUACAAAAUGACCUCACUUUGACUUGAUGCAUUUAAUAUAUUUACAUGUUUCAUAUUAAUAUUGUUCUCUUUUUUUCAUGAUGGAUGACAAUUUCAGUGGCCAAAAAUCAUACUGCGAUAAAACAUCAUACUGAUGUUAUAAAGAUAUAAAUAUAUUUUUCUAAAAUGUCAAGAGUACUAUAUAUCAAUACAAGUGAAAAUAUCUCAACCUAGAUGUAAAUACCUUAGUACAUAAAUUUUUUUUAAAUGAUGAUGAUUAAUGAAAAUGUUUUCAGCAGAAAUUAAUCAUACUGACAAAAA